CCCCGCCGUCAUCUCCGCCGCCGCCGCCGCCUCCGCCUCCUCCCGCUCCUCAGGCCGUCUCCGCCGCCUCCGCCUCAGCAUGAGAGGAGCCGCCGCCGGGACGCCCUGCCACCCCCAGCUGCCGAGCCCGGUAAAGUACUGAAGUAUAGAUUACUGACCUGAUAAUAAAAACUUGCAAUAAAAUGGCAAUGUCUAGGGUACCCACCCCACCUCCACCUGGAGAGAUGACCUGUGGUCCUAUAGCCGAAAGUUGGUGUUAUACACAGGUGAAAGUAGUAAAAUUUUCCUACAUGUGGACCAUUAAUAACUUCAGUUUUUGUAGAGAAGAAAUGGGUGAAGUUUUAAAAAGUUCUACGUUUUCAUCAGGCCCAAAUGACAAAAUGAAAUGGUGCCUGAGAGUAAAUCCAAAGGGAUUAGAUGAUGAAAGUAAAGACUACUUGUCCUUAUAUUUGCUUUUAGUCAGCUGCCCCAAAAGUGAAGUUCGAGCAAAAUUCAAAUUUUCCCUUCUAAAUGCUAAAAGGGAAGAAACAAAAGCAAUGGAAAGCCAAAGAGCAUAUCGAUUUGUACAGGGGAAGGACUGGGGAUUUAAAAAAUUCAUUAGGAGAGAUUUUUUGCUUGAUGAAGCUAAUGGUCUUUUACCAGAUGACAAGCUUACAUUGUUUUGUGAGGUAAGCGUGGUCCAAGAUUCAGUAAAUAUAUCAGGACAGACUAAUACAAACACUUUGAAAGUACCAGAAUGUCGACUAGCAGAAGAUUUAGGGAAUCUCUGGGAAACCACGAGAUUUACUGAUUGCAGUUUUUUUGUAAGAGGACAAGAAUUCAAAGCUCAUAAAUCUGUUCUUGCAGCUCGCUCCCUCGUUUUUAAUGCAAUGUUUGAACAUGAAAUGGAAGAAAGCAAAAAGAAUCGAGUAGAAAUAAAUGAUGUAGACCCAGAGGUUUUUAAAGAAAUGAUGAGAUUCAUUUAUACAGGGAAAGCACCAAACCUUGACAAAAUGGCUGACAACUUGUUAGCAGCUGCAGACAAAUAUGCACUGGAUCGGCUGAAGGUGAUGUGUGAAGAAGCUUUGUGUAGUAACCUUUCAGUAGAAAAUGUUGCUGACAUCCUUAUCCUUGCAGAUUUGCACAGUGCCGAACAGUUGAAAGCACAAGCAAUAGAGUUCAUUAAUAGGUGCAGUGUACUUCGACAGUUUGGGUGUAAAGAUGGGAAAAACUGGAACAGCAACCAAACAACAGACAUAAUGGAAACGGCAGGCUGGAAGUCUAUGAUUCAGUCCCACCCUCACUUAGUGGCAGAGGCCUUCCGAGCACUAGCAUCUGCACAGUGUCCACAGUUUGGUAUUCCACGCAAACGACUAAAACAGUCUUGAAAUCUUCCAUGAACUUUAGAAAAAAUCAGUUGACUUUUACUCCUCCAGGUCCAGAUGGAUUCUAAUAUACAAACCAUAAACAAGAAUUGUUUUUUUUAUCUUUGUCCGCAGAACAGAAGCUGAAAAAGCAUUGUUUGCUUUUCAGAUGGAUAAUUUAUGGUUUAAUCUUCAGCUUUAAAUUAGACUGAUUACUCUCUAAUUCACUGCAAGGCCUUAAAUUAUCUUCAAUGACUUCUCUAGUUCAUAUAGGCUAAUUUUUUUUUUAAAUUGUGCCUUGUCUUUUUGACUAGGCUAUGCAGGAUUGCACUAGCUCCAUAAUGCAGUAAAAUUGAUAACUGAAGAUAUUAAGUUUCAAAAGGAUCUUCCAUUAUUUUGAAAAACAAAACGAAUUUUAUAGUUUUUGGUCCUGUGCUAUCUCGAAGGUUAAAACUAGGCUCUCCUCAAAAAACACUUGAAUUGGAGAUGACUACAGAAAUGCUCCAGUCCAAGUCUUGUGAAUACGGGAGAGCUUGCUUACCUUCAAGGUAAGUUAUGGCAAUACACUACUUUGAUUCUAAUUUAUUUUUCAUUGUAGGGGCAAAUAUGCAAUGGUUUGGCCUGAAAGAAUUGUAUUUUAAGUACAGUUUGUAAUACAUGUCUGUAUGUUAACUGUCCAACAAACUUUGAGAAACACAUAAUAAACUUUUGCCUGUGUUUCUUCACGCCCUAGUUGAUGAUAUUUGAGAGUUAAGGUUAAGAUGUCAAAAAAUUUGCUCUUAGGAAUUUUUUAUUUAUUUUAACCCACAUUUAUAUGAAGAUUCCUGGACAUGCAGAAGGUAUACAUAUAAUGACCAAAUGUAUAUUAAAUUAAUGGGCCAAAUUAAGAAUGAUAAAUAUGCACUUUUAAUGUGUAACUUUUGUAUACUGAGUGGUACAUAUAUAUUUUGCUUGUGAUUGAAUUAAUGAGGUACAGUUAAUGUCUGUUAACUUUUGGGGAAAAAAAUUAUAUUUGGAGCCAACUGGGACACUCAUUUUGUUACCAUGGACAAGGAAAAUAACAAUUUAAGUCAACAAAAUUGAUUAUGAAUUUCACACACAUUAAGUAACUGAUAUACUCUCCCUUUCAAGAAGGCACAUAAUAAAACAAGAUCCUGAGCAGCUUGCUCUCUUCUUUUUCCUUUUAUGAAAAAUUGUGUGCAACUAUAUGAUUUCUCUAAAGGGACGUGCACACCAGAGGAGACACCUCCCUCCCCCUUAUGAUAAGUGUGCCAGGCCACAUUUACAAGCAUUGUUCUCUCCUCUACACCCGCCCCCACUGUCUUAAGUUAAUGUGCAUUAUGGAUGAUAUUGAAAUUCUGCAUAAUGUGAACAGGACAAACCAUUUGAAAACUCCUUUUCAUGGGCCAGUUCUUAUAUGAAUUUUAGCUUUAAAUAACAUUUUCAGUGUUCAAUAGCUUUGUUUACAGUUUGAGGGGGGUGGCAUAUCUGCAAUGGUGCACAGUAUAGGAAGAGCAGGAGAGUAACUGUUGAGUUACUGCUUUAAAUUUACUGUAAUAGUGAUAAUAUAUAAAUUGAUUCUAGGCAAAUUUUUUUUUGUUUAAUCACAAAGGAAGAAGUGUCUCACUGGAAAAUAAAACAUAUUAAAAAAAUAUAUAUAUAUAUUUACAUUUAUAAUUUUAUUCACAAAAGAUUGUAAUUUGCCUGUAGAGUUUUACAGUACAGGACAAAGAACUUUAAAAUUUAUCUUCCAAAAUAAUUUGUAUUUCCCAGGUCUUCAUUAAUCAUCCUAAUGUUUAAGGAAGAGAAUGUACGCAUAUUUACACUUAACACUGAAAAGUAAGCAUUUAUUUACAAACUGGAAAGAGUGUAAAGUCUUUACUUUAAAAUCUUUAAAUCUCUUUCUGUGGUUUUACCUGUAUUGUGUCAGUUUUUAAAUUGGAAGCAUCCCUUAGGCAAGCAGAAAAAUUAAAGUUGAGCAGAAGAUUCCUUCCCUGAUAACAGGCUCUUUCUGUCCUUUGGAGCAGUAAGAAGAGUAAAAUGCACACUUCCCUGACUCCACCAAGAGAUUGAGCUAUGUGCGUUUACAAUGUGAAGUUAUAGUUAUUUUCUCAAUUUUUUUAAACUCCUGCUAGAGAUCUCCGAGACUGGCUACCUGGGGUAUAAAUAAUGUUUCCUCCACCUCUAUUUAGUGAAGUUUUUCUGCCAUGUAUUAUAGUAAAAUUUAAGAUAUGCAUAUAUGUGAUGAUAUGUGGUGUAUGUGUGUGUAUAUACACAUACAUAUAUAUAUUAUAUAUAUAUAUACACAUAUAUAUACAGAGAUAUAUAGAUAUGUACAUAUACACACAUACACACAUAUAUCUCACACUGUGCAUAAAUUCACUGCUAAAAACUACAGCUCUAAAAUACAGUAACUUCAAUAAUGUUUAUUACUGUGUAAUAUUUACUUCAGCUUGUUCUAAUGUAAUAUCACUGUCUAUUGGAAAGCUUAAGGAUUUUAUUAUAAAGAUUUUUUAAAGCUCAAUAGCACAUUUUGUACCAAAAAUGUCAAAUGCUGUGCUGUAAGAAUAUCUACGUUUGUAAAAAAAUGUCCGCUUUUCAGAUAAUUCAAUGCAUACCUUCCUUACACUAACAGAAAAUUGUUUGGCAUUGUUUUGCUUGUUUUUAUUUAUUAUGUAUAUUUUCAGUUUUGUUAUGUCUUAAGGAAAAGGUAAACAGUUGAUGUAUUCUCAAGUGGAUGCAUUCAUUAUUAGCUCUUUGGUUGCAUUUAAACCCCAUGCAGCAUUCUCAGUGUACCCUAAUGACUGUCCAGACGUCUUUGUCCUUUUGAAUCACCAGCUUGCUUCUUUCUGUGUCCCCUUUUUUCACUUCUAGGGGCUUUCCCCUAGAAAUGUAGUGAUUAAUUUCAAAUGUUCUGUGUUAUAAAGUAACCAUCACAAAAUGUUCUUAUUCAGGCUAAGAUUUUAAAACAGUGUGUAUGUACGCGUGUGUUUUGUUUUUUAAAACUGUACCAGUUGUUUGGAGCACAAGUAUGAAGGUGCCAUAACAUUUUGGCUUGCCAACAUUACCUCCUUAAAUAUUCACGUCUACCACCUUCAGACUUUUUUGGAGAAUCUUGCAUGUGUUGUGUGAUCAUGUUGCGUGUAUAUACACGCCUGUAUGUAUGUGUGUGUGGUAUUUUUACAGAGAUAGAUUUUUCUGAAAAUAGGACUCAGUUAAAUCUUAAAAUGACAGAUUAGUUUCAGAUAUUUCAUUUCAACUUGUUUUAUUUAGGAGACAGUUCAGGAAGCAAGGAAACUAUAAAAUACUUUUUUAUAUGGUCAAUUUACUGCAUACUGAACUAAGAAAAUACAGUGCCUUUUUAGGACUUCUAUUAUAAAAUUAAGUUAUAAAACAUUAAAAUAUCUUAAGUUUUCUCAAGUAUUACUGAUGCAUAUGUAAACUAGAUUGAAAAUAAAUUAUGAAAAGAUUGGAUUAAUUUAUUUCCCUCUUUGACAUUGUCGUAAGCUUACAAUUGAAAUAUGGAAGCAAGUGUUCUUUGCUGAUGUAUAAUUGAGAACAACAUUCCUAAAAUCCAAGUCCUUUAUUCAGAUGAUUUUAUUUUAAAAAAUGUAAUGCAAGUAGUCCUAUACAGUAUUCUUGAACGGGACGAAUUGUUUGGUUUUUUUCCCUAAUUCAAACAUGUCAGAUAUUUAUAUUUGCAUUCUCAUGGUCUAAAAUAAGUAUUUUAAGAAUGAAAUUUUAAGAGUUCAUUAUUUCCUUGUAAGGGUGUUUCAUAGUUUAAAAUCAAACAUUUUAGUCCAGAUUGAAAUGUAUAUCCAAAUUUUGAGUAUUCACUUCAUUUAUUUGAAAUUGACUCAAUAAUAUUGGUCACUGAUUUUAAUGUAUUGGAAAGACAGACACAUACACACACACACACACACACACACACACACACACACACACACAGAGCUUCCUUAUAAACUAUCAAGAUUAAACUAGUUUAACCAGUGCUCUGCACAUAGUAGGUGCUUAAUAAAUGUUUGCUGAAUUGAAUUAGACACAGCUUAUUUUCUGUUUGCAGUAAAUGGACUUUAUAUUUGAAAGAGAAUUUGUGGGAAUUCUUUAGAUGUUUGGCUUCAUCAUUAUGCACAGCAGUCCAGUUAAUUCUGUAUUCCGUGUUUAGAAUGAAGGCUUAACUUAAAUGAGUCCUGUUUUGGAAAUAAAAAUAUUGUUAUGAUGAUUUAAAGACCAGUAUUGGGGUGGGUAUGAUUUAGAAAAUUCAUAAUAUAUGUAUAAACACUUGCAUCAAACCGGCCAGCCUCUUUUUUUAAUCAGCUGAUGUUAAUGUUCAGAUACUUUUUGUAUCUUGUUGCUGAAAAUAUUUUUGCAUUUCAGCACAUCAAGUUACAAUAAAGUUAUUACUUAUGCAGAA